UCAGUUCCUGGCGAACUUUUCUAGUUUACUGACAAUUUUCGACAUUUACUGAUAUUUUGAAUAAAGCUGUUAGUGUAACUAAUCUGCAGGAUCCUGGUCGUCGUCGAAUCCCUCGUAUGACUGAUGUCUUAGGUCUUAGAAGAUGGCAAAACCAAUAAAAAAUUCUUGAACAUGGAUGCAAAUCAGCAAUGGGUGGUGCUUUUACGAAAUGCGUAAAUAAAUCUGAAUAUUCUAAGGAAAAGGAAGAUUUGGAGAAUUCUGGUUAUGUCCUAAGACGACGACUAAAGAAAAAAGAAGAAGCAAUUGCACACUUUUCAUCUGUUUGUGAAGCAACGGAAUAUAUAAAUCCUACUACAGACGAGACAACGAUCAGAGUAUGGCGUUCAGAUUCGUCGAAAGUCAAUUUCAUUUCAGAACAUAGCAGUGUUAAUGAGUCUAAAAUUCUGUAUCAUUCACAAAUACAUCGCUCGGUUACAGAAUGGGAUAUGUUCAUUGACAUUAAAAGUGAAAAGGAGGAAAAAGAUUUUUCAAGACCGAAAAGCUGCCCAACUUAUUCAUCUGAUAUACAUGUGAGCAAAGGAGCAUAUAGAUCUUUUACUAAAAGUGACGGAGCAACACAAAAUGUUGACAUUAAGAAUCUAAAACAACAAGCGCAGAAAUCAGAAAUGACUGACACAUCAACGACAGAAAGCAAAUUCAAAGAAGGGCAGUUUAGAGCCUUGGCACACUUAGAUAUUUUACCACGAUAUAAGUAUCAUCGGUUCUUAUUGGACUGGUUCAGCACUGGUCUUAAAGCAAUUCAAAAUUUCCCGAUACUGAAAUUCAAAGAAUGUCCAAUCAUUGUCGGAGGAGAAAUCAAUGAAGAAAAUCUGUCAUUUCUGAUUGAUAAAAACAUUCAAAGCAGUGAAAUUCCACUUACUGAGGUGGAGAAAGAUUCAUUAGUAGGGGUUGAUAUUUUGGUGGUGUAUUUUUUGAACAAUGAGACAGAGAAUAUAUUUCACCACUUUACGAAUUUUGCCAAAACCUUUUCCUUUCAAGGGGGUACCCUUUUAUUUGUUAUGGAAUGUGACGACCAAGUUGAUGAAAGUUUGAGAUUAACUUUAUUACAAUCAUUUUCAACUGCGAGAAUGAAUGUUGAUUUUGUUGCAAAACGCCGUUGUGAAGUCAUAACAAAAAUGACGUGCAUAUUGGAAAAAAGAAUUCUUGAUGCAUUGGAGGAAGCACAAAGAAAUCUAUAUGAACUACCCCUGACGGAAAACGUUGAUACAAGCUUAUGGGAAGUACGGUCAAUAAUCAGGCGACUUAAGCAAGCAGCCUGCUACCCUCAACUCCUCCAAGAAAUUGACCAUUUUUAUAAAAGGGGAACAGUAGAUGAUAUGCUUCAAAGCUUUGGAGACGGAAUUCUUUGGCAUGGAUAUGACGGGGACACGUUACAUAUCAUUACAAAUGAUACGAGUGUUCAAGAGAAGAUUGAAAUUGCUCUUUCUAAGCCAGAAUUUGAACAUAUAAAGCAUUCUAUAAAAAUACAAGACAAACUUUCAGUACAACUUCUAGCCAAAAUUGGAGAACCAUUACAUGGAGCAAAGUUUGUCUACGUGAACAAUGGCUUAAAUGCUUUUCAUCAAGAUAAAAAGUUUGCAACGACAGGAAGUCUUUUGACUGCAAAUGAUUCUCUACUGGUAGUUGUAACAUCUCGGCAUGCAUUUAGCAAUCAAGAAAAUAUCUACGUUCUUAUCGAUGAAUCGGUAGUUAGACUUGGACAAAUGACCAUAAAUUCUCAACAUACAAACGAACGUUUAUGUGAAGAUAUAACGCUCGUUGAAUUAAACCCCGAUGUAGUUCCCAUUGUAAAUGAGCGAUGUGAAAAGCUUCUCAUCGACGCUACUGACCUCCCUACACCAGGAAGAAUUUCUCCAAGAGAACUUAAAGUUGGUGAUAUAGUUCACAAGAGAGGAGCCAAAACUGGACUUACCACAGGAAUCGUGAAGUCUGUUCAAAUCAGCAAACUUGGCGGUUAUCAAGUUGAAAGUCCUGUAAUUCAAAUCUGUGGAAGGGGGUCAGAACCAUUUGCAGGGGAGGGUGACUCUGGAUCGCUAGUUUUCCAGCAUUCUCUGACUCCAGAUGAAAAUAUUUUAGACGUUUUAGCUAUGGUACAAAGUAAACUAAAUGUCCCGAUUCCUAAUGCACCAGUUGUUUGUUUUCCGUUCACAAAAGGCUGUGAAACACUUUAUAGAACUGUACCAAUGUUACAAUCCCUGCAGUUUAUCAACGUCUGAAGAUUUGGUUUGAAUAUGAUCUUAUCAGCAUUUUCUGUACCUUAAAUAUUUCAUUAAUCUGCCCAUCUUAGAGGAUGAUCCAGACAUGAAAAAAAUAUAAGGAACUUCACAGAUCAUUAAGAGUAAGCCACAAAGUCCUUCUCUUUAAUCAAUCCUUACCAAAACAUCCUUUUCAAGUAACAACAACGAACCAGCAAUCAUUAACAAGCCCAGGUGCAGUACAUGUACAUACCUGACAGAGGAAUCUAAAUUUCAAUUCAAAACCGGAAGCGAAUUUUACAAUUCAAACCUCAAUGUCAUGCACCAGCUCUAAUCUUAUUUAUGUGAUAACAUGUGCCGGUUGUGGUGAAAAAUAUAUCGACCAGACAGGAGAUACCCUGAGACAUAAAAUGACCGUACACCGACAACAAAUUAGAUCACCGUAAACGAACACAUUCGAAACUGUACCAAAAAUAACCCCUUCCCCAAUUUUACUGUUUUUCCUUUCUACAAAUUCCGAAAGGAUACUAAAGAAAACCAUUUUAUAAACAGACAUAAACCUGUUUUAAAUGCAACACAAUUAUAUUUCGUUUAAGAAAUAUACUAACCUAACCCUAACCCUAAAACCCGCAUUAUAUAACUGUACUAUUUAUAUAGAAAAACUAAUUUCCUGUAUUAAUUAAAUUACUUACAUUUUAUCAAGACGUCGUAAUGAACUUUGCUAAAGCGCGACUAAGUUUUAGCGCUUUUUGACGUCACAGUAAGAAUGUUGAUUUUGUAUAUAUGUGUUACUAAGCUUUGUAUUGUCAAACUCUUGAAGAUUGAAAAUGAAACCGGUAGAGUUUA